AUGUGCGAAAGGUUUAUAAAUCUAGCGAGCCAAGACGACUGGAUGCAGAUUUUACAACGCCUUGGAGUAUCUGAAGAUACGCUUGAACACAUUGAAGAUGAGCUCCCUGGUGGUUAUAACUUCCGUCGACGUGUGACUCGGGCUCUUGAAUAUUGGAGUGGACUGGAUCUCUCUAAUAGAGCUAUGAAUUUAAAAAUACAAGCCCCUGGUGCUUCAAACACGGAGGCGCUAACUAGCACCGCCGCUGCAUUUGGCAAUGCUACUGUCACCACUAACACAACACCUAGUUUUGGCGAUAUUGAAAACUUUGCAGAGGAUUCUAGCCAUGAAGCUGGUCCUGAGUCUUCGACGAUGCUCGCUGGCUUCGGAGUGGAAGCCACGAUGCUGCAGCCCGUCACACUGACAUUUAUGCCUCUGGUAUCCGGACCGAAGGCUACACCGGCAAGGUUAAUUCACGUUCUGAAGCUUCUUGAUAAGAAUGAAUUAGUAGACGCGAUGAUGGAAAUAAUAGAGAAUUACCAUGUUCGUCAACUCUAA